UGGAAUUGCGAAUUCAGCGUUUACAACGGGAGAGACUUUGAACGGCAAAACCAUGUUCCUUACAAAGACUGUACUCUUUUUCUCUUUUUUUCUGGCCCUGUGUGUUUAUAAGACCGAGGCUUGCCUGUGUCCGACAGAGGCCGAUUUUAAUGAUCUCGUGUGUAACGGUGACUAUGCUGUAGUUGCAACUGUGAAGAAAGAUCCAGAUAUUGCUUAUAGAUAUACCUUGGACGUCCAAGAAAACUACAAGGUGGGAGACAGUCCAACAGAAAUUUACACCAGAAGCCCUCAGGAAUGUGGAGUGGACCUGGAAAGUGGGCAAACCUAUAUUCUAGGAGGUUUCAAAUCAGAUAGUGUCCCUCAAGUUGGUGCCUGUGAUUUCAUACAAAGGUAUAAUGGAUAUCCUCCUCCUACACCGAUGUGCGCUAACAAACAAAAAAAGUGAUUUAAAUAAAAAAAAUGAUAACUAUAA